GAAGCGUCUGAGCUCUUCCUGCUGUUACAGGGGAUGAAUGCAUGAAUGCGAAAGAAGAAAAUGGCGUUUGAGCAGGACAAAUGUUUCCCCUCUUCGAUUCUGCAAAUGUGUUGAAUUUCUGUAGCCUUAUUAUUUGCUUUCAUUUCAUCUCUACUGCACUUUAAACUACCAGAGAGAAUUGGAUGCUAUUGUCACCAAAGACAUUUGAAGAGAAGCAACACAGGGAAAUCUUUGAAAACACGGAUGGAGUGUGGAUGGAUGACAGGGUAGAGCGCAGUGGAAUGACUGUAAGGAAGAGGGGGCUGGUUUGAAGUGCCAGAACAUAUCAAGUCCAGUUUCAGCCAGCCUCAGUCUGCCAAUUAGAACAGCAGCAUCUCAACUGUAACCUGCGCCAUCAGCAAUGCCAAGAGGGCCCCAGCCAGCGGCCAGCCCCAAACCCUGCCUCGGUACCCGCUCUGUGAAGAUCCGCCGCAUCUCUGUCAGCACAAAUAGAAACAGCUGUUGAAGUGUGGGCAGUCCCUCACGGUCCUUGCUGCCACCCUGGGAACUCAAGUGCAGCUUAACUCUAGCCAGGCAGGGGAGCUUACGACUGAGAGGCCUUUACUACACUGCGUCCAAAGCCACCUCUCAGGCAUGGCUCCCAUUCGGGAUUCUGUCAGCCACUCCCCUAACCAAACAGGUUUAGAACAUGCUGGACUGGAAUCUCAGUUUGAAAAUUCACCGUGGAGCUCUAGUUCACCUUGCAGUGACUCAAACAGUAACUGGGGAAAAGUCAUUGUAGAUAAAGGACCCUGGUCCUCCAUCACUAGUAGUGACCCAGAGUUAGCCUCAGAAUGUAUGGAUGCUGAUUCUGCCUCCAGCUCUGGGUCUGAAAAAAAUCUAAGUAUAAUGGCUUCUGGAAACACUGGCGGUGACAACAAUGGCAAUAGGCAAGGAUGUAGUCAAGGUUCUCAUUUCAUGGUUGCAAAUGGCAGCAAUAAUGUGGCUAAUGGGAGUGUUAAGGGGCCUUGGGGUGUAUCCAACGGCUCGAUGCUAAGCACAUGUCAAGGCUCCGGGGAGAGCCCCAGCGGCAAGCUGGUAGAAAGCAGCCAUGGCAAAAUUAAUGCAUGGGGCACCCAAGGUUCCUCAACCAAUGGAGGUAUAAAUCCAAGCACUUUGAUCCCAAAUGCCAACCAUGGUGCCUGGCCCAUUCUUCAGAACACCGGGCCCAACCCCCAUGGUCCUGUUGGGAAUGGUGGCACCAACACUCAACUAAGCACCAUAGGUCAAACACCCUGCAUGCAGAGUAUCAACUCUAAGAUGUCUUGGGGAUGCCUGCAGGAAAAUAUGUCUGAAGCUGAAAUCAAUGGUACAAGCAAGGUUCAAAGCGGGCAGCCUCAAAACCUUAACACUGAAUUUAAUGGACCAAAUAACACUACUAACAUGAUGACCUCUAGUUUACCAAACUCUACAGGUUCAAUACAGAUGAAUGAACAGCCCCCAGGGCACCGAGCCUGGCCUAUGAACACAGGGGGCUCUUCUCAGCUCCCUAUUUCUUCAGUCUCUAAUGGCACUUCCAUUUCUCAACAUGGCAACAGUGAGGGAAUAAACAGCGGGUCUUAUGGUACAGCAUGGGGCAUUCCGCCCAGCACUAAUUACUCUGGAGACAAAUGUCCUAUCCCUAAAGGCCAAGCUGUGGGCGACACUGUGAAUGCAACUCUAAUGCAGUCUGGAGCCAAUGGUUCCUCUGUGAGCGCUGCUUCUUUAAAAAAUAAUAAUAAUGGGAUGGGUGGUCGUGGAGGAGGAUGGGACUCCACGUCCACUACCUCACAAAAUAUUUCUUGGGGUGCUGGCAAUGGUGUGGGCCCAGCUGGGAUACCUCGACCUUGGGGAAGUGCCUCCUCCUCCUCUUCAUCUUCUUCUUCAUCCUCUUCAAACACUGGCACUAAGGUCUCAAAUGGGGAGUGGAACACUUUGCCCAGCAACAGUCAGCAUUCCAAUGAUGGCACGAAUGGAGGCAGGAAGGGAACAAAUGGAUGGAAGUCCUUGGAAGAUGAUGCUCUCGGUAUAGGGAGCUCUGGUCAGGCAUCACAAGGCAGCACAUGGAACAAAUCUACAGGCAGUGAAGGAAGUGGAGAAAGCUCAGAAGGUCGCAGUGAGAGGGAUGGACAGCGUAGCGGCAACCGAAGAAGGGGUAAUCAACAGGGCAUGAUAACUGCAGCUCUCUCUAAAAUUGAAGUGGAUCCCAGGGUCUUGUCCAACACAGGAUGGGGACAAACCCCAGUCCGUCAGAACACUGCCUGGGAUGUAUCCAAUCCUGAUAAAAAGCCAGGAAAUGGGCAGAUGGGCUGGGGCCAUGCUCCACCUAAGGCAUCUAACUCAGGUGGGUGGGGAGAUGGACCCAGCAACAACAGUAGCGAUUCUUCCAUGUCUGGAUGGACUGAACAGAAACCAUCAACUGGCUGGGGUGAAACCAAAGGAUCUGGUGGGCAAAGUGGUUGGGAGGAGGCUUCUUCUGUUACACUGAACAAGAAUAGUUCCUCAUGGAAUGGUAGCAAUGAUGAAAAGUCCUCCUCUUGGAAUAAUGCACAAAAAGCAAAGCAGGGAUGGGGCGGCCCUUCUGCUGGAGAUGGAUGGGGUGGAGAAGGCCCAAAAGGAAACCACUGGGUAGAGCCCCAGAAAUCUAGUUCCAGUGGUUGGGACAGGGACAGUGACAGUGAUCGUUCUGGAUCAGGCUGGAGCGAGACGGGUCGCUGCAGAACAAGCAACACCUGGGGAGGCAGUGGAGGCACAAACACUCCUGACCAGAGUGCUUCAACCACAGGAUGGGGCGAAUCAACCAAGACCAACAAUCAAAACCAAGCCUGGGGCGAGCCAAUCAAACCAAGCCACUCCAACUCUACUUGGAGUGACACCACAAAACCGAACAACUCUUCUGAGUGGGGCAAAUCCCAAGAUACCAGCAUGGGAACAUUCAGGAGUGGCAACACUCCUCAGACUGGAACCCCUGGUCAGAACAAGCCUACAGGAUGGCUGGGAGGCCCAGUUCCUACUGCCUCUAAAGAAGAAGAAUCCUCUGGAUGGGAAGAGCCAUCUCCUGAAUCCAUCAGGCGUAGAAUGGAGAUUGAUGAUGGUACUUCAGCAUGGGGAGAUCCCAACAAAUAUAAUAAUGGUAGUGUAAACAUGUGGAACAAGAACACUGCUGGAGAGCAGGAUAGCAUGGCUGUUUCUCAGCCCCCACAAGCCCAAAGCUCCAUGGCUCCAAAAGAAAAGAACAGCAGCAGCUCAGGAUGGGGAGAGCCAUAUGGUGGGCCACAAAAAAUGGAGUCCUCUACCUGGGUUGACCCUGCUGCUCCACCUGUCUCUGUGGACAAUGGUACUUCUGCUUGGGGUAAGCCUGUUGAUUCAGGCUCCAGCUGGGAAGUACCAGGGAGGGAAAACUCAGGAGGAAAUGGCUGGGGCAAUGCUGCUGUAGGGCAACAGUCACAGCACAAGUCUGGAUCCAAACCUAUGCAAGACAACUGGUGUGGAGAGGAGAUGUCCAUGGCAGGGCACUCCAACUGGGGAGAAGAAGAGGAAGUAGAAAUAGGCAUGUGGAACAACAAUCCAUCACAAGAAACUGGAAACUGGUCCUACAAGAAGAUGCCACCAAAGUUGAAUAAAGGACCCAACAAGCAGGAUGAUUCUCCGUGGAUGAAUCAGUUUGUGAAACAGUUCAACAACAUGUACCCUAGGGACUCCGCUGAGGAUUCCAUGAAGGGAAAUAAGAUGGAUAUGUCUGGAGGAAUGGUGGAAAAGCGCAUGGAUGUUGACAAGCAUGUACUUAAUAUGGGGGAGUAUGGAAAAGCUCCUGCCUCACGUCACCAGAUCCACAAAGACUCAUCCAUGGACCGCAAUCCCUAUAUGGAUAAGCUUUCACUGCCAGUAUAUGAUAGCACUGUAGCAGAGGAGCCCCAAAACUCACAGAUCACUUCCAUGCAGAAUAUCAGCUUUUCCCCUACAAAUAGUGCUCAACCAAACCAGUGCAGCUUGCCAGGGCCCCACCUUCCAAACUCUGCCUCUGUUAGGCAGAAUGUAAACAUGUACAGUGUCGGUAAUGCAGCACAAGGCCGGAAUGCCCAGCAGCCUUCAGCACAACCUCUCAAUUCUGCUCAGCCCAAUCUACGUAACCAAGUGCCUCCUCCACUACAUCCCUCUCAGGUCCCGCCACCCCUGUUGAAGUACUCUCCCAAUAAUGGAGGUCUGAAUCCUCUUUUCGGCCCACAGCAGGUGGCUAUGCUGAACCAGCUUAACCAGCUGUCUCAGCUCUCUCACAUUAAUCAGUUACAGCGUCUCCUCUUACAGCAAAAAGCGCAAACCCAGAGGGCCAUGCCUGUUAACAGCCGCCAACAACAGGAACAGCAGGGUCGUGGUCUGGGCCCAUCUCAACAGAUGAUCCAGCCUCCCCGUCAUCUCGAUCCCUCCCUGAUGAAGCAGCAGAAUUCUCCCCAGCUGCCCUCAAUGCACCAGCCCAGCCUCAAGUCUUAUAUGGAGAACUUCAUGCCCCCCAAUGCCUCCGAUCUCCAGAAAGAACAAAGUUCCAUGAGCUCGUACAGUAAUUUCUCUUUAGGUGGGUGUUCUCCCCAUCUUCACGUAGGGCAGAAUGACUCAAUGUUGCACCAAGCUGCCAAGCCCAACACGAUGUUUGCCUCUGACAUGUCAGGCUAUCAGCCAGCUGGCAUUAGUCAAAGUCAUAGUCUCCUAGCCCCACCUAUGAGCAAUGGCCACAUGGUGCCAGGCUCUUCUGUGAACCCUCGGGUAGGAAAGAACUUCUGUCCUGACAGCAGCUCUCUGCCAGCAAGAGGCUUGAACCCAAACAUGAAUGUAAGCAACCUUGAUAUUAGUAGUGUUGGUUUUAAGGAGCCACAGUCCCGUCUAAAGAAGUGGACUGCAAUGGACAUUUCCGUUAACUCGCCACUUGAUCAAAACCCCAGCAAAACUGGUGCUAUAACGUCUGGCCUGAGGCUUGAAGACUCACCCUUUGGUCCAUAUGACUUCAUCAAUGCCAGUAAUGCUCCCAUCAGUCCUCCUGGCUCUGUGGGAGAUGGCUGGCCCAGCCGUGCCAAAUCACCUCAUGGUUCCACCAAUGUCAACUGGCCACCAGAGUUUCGUCCUGGUGAGCCCUGGAAAGGAUAUCCAAACAUUGAUCCUGAAACUGACCCAUUCGUCACUCCUGGCAGUGUGAUUAAUAAUCUCUCCAUUAAUACAGUCCGGGAUGUUGAUCACCUCAGGGACAGGAACAAUGGGCCAUCCUCAUCACUUAACACCACGCUGCCUUCAAAUAGUGCCUGGACAUCCAUUCGUGCCUCCAACCACAAUAGUUCCCUUAGCAGUACAGCACAAAGCACUUCAGCCAGAAACAGUGACUCCAAAUGGUCUCCUGGUACAGUUACCAACACCUCUUUGGCUCAUGAGCUGUGGAAGGUUCCUCUCCCCUCAAAAGGUAUCUCUGCUCCGUCCCGCCCCCCGCCUGGCCUCACAGGCCAGAAACAGCCCUCGUCUUGGGACAACGGCUCUCUGAGAAUGGCAGGCUGGGGCAGCUCUGAAUCCAGAUACACCUCUGGUUCCAGCUGGGGUGACAGCAGCUCAGGGAGAACUAAUUGGCUUGUACUCAAAAACCUCACACCUCAGAUUGAUGGCUCCACCUUGCGAACUCUGUGCAUGCAGCACGGUCCACUGAUCACAUUCCAUCUGAACCUUCCCCAUGGCAAUGCUGUAGUCUGUUACAGCUCUAAGGAGGAGGCGGCCAAAGCCCAAAAGUCACUGCACAUGUGUGUUUUAGGGAACACUACUAUUCUUGCAGAGUUUGCUAGUGAAGAGGAAAUUAAUCGUUUCUUUGCACAAGGUCAGUCAAUGACUGCCUCUCCCAGCUGGCAAACACUGGGCUCUUCUCAGAACCGGAUCGGAUCCAUCGAGGGUUCCCACCCCUACGCAAACCGCACUGAUCCAAAUCACUGGAACGGCAGCGGGCUGUCAGGAGCUAGCAGUGGAGACCUGCAUGGUUCGUCUCUCUGGGGUGUUCCCAAUUACUCCACGAGCCUGUGGGGCAACCCCAGCGGCGGUGAGGGGGGGAGAAUCAACAGUCCCUCCCCCAUCGGCUCUUUCCUACCUGUUGACCAUCUAAGUGGAGGUGGGGAGUCCAUGUAGUGCAUCGUUCACCUUCUGACUUUAAACGAAAAAAGACAAAAAAAAUCAACAACAUACAAACCCGUGACCUCAAUGUGGAGUAGUUAAUCAUAAUCAUAUGACCAUAUAUAUAUAUAUAUAUAUUAUAUAUGAAAAAAAUCAAAUGGCACUAGUUAGACUUUUCUUCACUUACAAAAAAAGCAAAAAAAAAACAAAAACAAUGCGGGGUCACCCUGUGGAAACAAGUUACGUUUUUUCUGCACAUAUGUCCACUUUGUUUUAGCCCAAAACAUAUCAGUUUGAAUACUUGAAUCAUGCAGGCCAAUUCUAUAUAAUGUGAAAGGAUGUAUUUACACUUCCAGGUAGUGCUCUUCAUACAGAAAAAAGCUUCAGUUGAGCUCAUCUGUUUAUUCAUCAUGUUUAUUUGAAUUCCAAUUCUUUUUGGUUUAUUAUUUGCGUUUUGUUUGCUGACAAUGUUGGAGUUUGAGCUUUUUUUAACUUUGCACUGAAUGUGGUUUUUCUCAGUAUAAUCUGCAAUAUGGAGGGAGCCGACAGUUCCAGUGUAGUUGUUUACUCAAGGAUGUUCUUAAAAGUGUGCGCUCUACUAUGCCUUGAUGUACGCCUACCUUCUUGUGGUAUUGUGGAGUUCAAGAUCAAGAUAUAGAUAUGCUGACUUAGGAUUAUUUGAUGAUAUUACAGAAAUAAGUAUUGCACCGAUUUUGUUUUAAACUAAAGAAUUUAGCUCUGCAGUGUAAAAAACUGUAGCCACAGCUGUGACUUGCAAACCCAACCUGCAAGCCAGGGGGAACAGCACUUUCAAAAUAGGCUUUCAAUUUUGAUUUGGAGGCGUCACAAUGUGCCCUCUUGUUUACAAAACUUUUUGAGGGGGAAAGUAUGGUCAUUCUUCCUUUAUUUUAAUGAUAAAAUUACAAAAAUGCAUAAAGAGUAUAAAAAAAGAUGAAAAAAAAUUAUAAAAUGAAGAAAAAAGACAAAAAAAGAAGAAAAACACAAAAAAUAAACUAGAAAAAAAAAAAUCUUGAGGAUGAAGACGAAGCUUUCUAUCUCUGGGAAUACUGAUCAGUGUUUGGCCAUGUCAUUGGUUAUUUUAUCUAUUCCUCUUGUCUGCUAAAUAACCAGCAUGGUUCUCAGGAAAUAUAGCCAGUUUUCCCCCAUAGAAACUCCUUGUAGGAAAAUAUCCAACUUUUAGCACUGAAACUACUUAUAGCUCUGUAAGUUUUUCUCUGCCAAAUAACUGCUUUAAGCUGGAGACAUUCUACACAUACUGCUUUCAAAUAUGCUGUCUUUUUAUUAAUGAGUGGAUAUGGUUUGCUGAAUCACUAUCUAGUCCCCUUUUCCCACCGAGUGGCUCAAUGUUUUCGCUUUGUGACCGUCGAAGUAACUGUCAAAUGUCAUGAGAAAAAGCCGAAAUCUGUAACUAUGCAUACUGUAGCCAAUGACUCGACCUACAGAAUCGCUUUUUCUUCGUCUGAAGGUAAUGUUUUAUAUGUUUCAAUAAUUUGCGUAUAUACACUUGUUUUCCUCAUCGCCAGAGCUGGUGUUAAAGAAAAUCUUGUUUGGUUAUUUUAACAGUGCAAAAGUCGUCCACAUUUCAUUGCCUUGAUUCAAAUUGUGUCCGAAGAUGCAACACAAGUCAAGUGGCUUUUAACUGUUUACAAAUAGAAGAUGAUUGUAACGUGUACAGUACGUGGUUGUUGUGUUAAUCUGAAGUAAGUUCCUUACAAUAGUAAUAAAUCAAUGUUUUUGGCUGCUCAUUAUCAUUUUAUUUUGGUUUGAUUUUAUUUUAUUUUUGUUUAGUUUUUUUUUCCUUUCCCCCUUUUUUCCCCUUCCUCAAAGCUGGUUUGUCAUUAAAAAUGGCUUGCCUCUGUACUUGUGGCCAAGGAAGGCUGGAUCAGAGGUGAAUGUAAUCUAUUGCUGGUAGUUUAAAUACAUGCAUUUAAAUAAUGUGCAUAUAUUUACUUUUUAUUGUACUAUAUUUUAGGUGCACAAUUUAUGAGACGCUUCAAAGAGCGAGAGAGGGAGAGAAAGAUGUCAGCAUUAGGCUAAGCCAUGGACCUUAAUAUUUGUUUAAGCUGUGUUUCUCCAUUUUAUUUUAUUUGAGAGAGAGAACUUGAUUGGUGUGUUAAGUUAUCCAUAUUUAAUGACUCGUAAGCAUCGUACAAAACCCUGAGUAUUACUCUUGACUUUAUGGUUGCGUGCCAGUAUUGAACCAUUUUAAGUAACCGCUUUACCAAAUAUUCUUCAAUCAAAGGAUUUGUUUACUUAAUUCCAGACCUGGCUUAUCUGAUUUUGUUUGACAAAUUUUAAGUGGAACAUAAAAAAAACUGGUCGUUUUGGAGGGAUGAAUACAUUACGAAAGCCGAAAAUUAUUUUUUGCAAUUGCACUUGGUGUAUAUAAUAAACUUAAAAGGUUGUACUGUAUUUUUGUUUUCCGAGGGCAAAGUGUAGCUUUGGAGAACUGGAUGUCUUGGUUGGAGAACUUUGCCUUUUUAAAUCUUUUAUUCUUUAUGUACAUUGGCUCUAUACUCUUUAAUUGUGAGACAGCGUUUUGUGUGUUUGUGCCUGCAUGCUAGAGUGGUCCCCACUCCAUUCCUGCGCAUCAGGAGCCCUAGUAUUCUCCUCUCGUAUAGGCUACUAAUGCGGUCUGUCUUGGGGGCGUAUCACUGAUUCGAUUGCCGUGACUUUAUUUACUCCCUUAAUGUGGAUUGCUUGAAAAUCAUCGUGCUUUAGAGUUACAUGUUUGUAUGUGUUAGUUAUUGUCUUGCAAUUGGCGCCCGAGCUUUAACAGUGCUAGGAUCUUCCCUGCUGUCUUUGCAACUGUGCUAGUGUCCUUGUUCUUUUUUUUCUUUUUUUGAAGUAAGUGAGCAUAGGGAAAAGCCAUUGGCACCCAGUUUAUUUCCACUUUUAAUUAUUAGUUUGUUUUCUUCCCCUUCCUUUUAUCGUUCUUUUCCUCUUAAUUUCAUUUUAUGUACGUGCAGCUCUUUGGUGUUAGACAGAACUGUCAUGCUGAGACAUUUUGAUAAUUCACUGUCAUGCCAAAUUACAGAGUCGGGGGGAGGAAAGGGAUUUGUUCUUUUGUAAAAGCUGGACAAUGUAUAUGCUUCAAAUAUGUCACUUGCAAAAUGGAUGUUUUGAGGAUAUUCAUGAGCAAUGUACAAUCCCCGUUUUUAUAGUCGGGUACAAGUUCAAAGAAGCGACUUGGCCUGACGUUCUACUUUUGUACUGAAAAUGUCAUUGUUUUCUGAUUUAUCCUGUGAGCAAAUAUUAUACCCAUGUCUUUUAAAUGGUUCCUACUGUUGAACAAUGUGCUAAGGCAAUUGACUUAACAAACUGUGAGUAUUGCUGUCAUGUCAUUAUAAACCCUAAAAGCUUUAGUAAAACCAGCACAAGAAACGGAUGAACGCAAGUUUAAGUCUAAACUUCCACCAUGGAGAAAUUCUAAGAAAGUCUAUGCAGUGUAAGGUGAGGCUUCCAUGUCUGUCUUUGCUUAAUAAAAUCCUAACCGCGGUGUAGUGGUGGGAUUUAAAAAUACGAUUCCUGUGAUGUGCCAUGAUUGAAAUGGAUUUUAUUUUAUUUUUUGUCACGAAAUUUGGCCAGUUGUAGCAAAUGGAGGGUUGCAUUGACAUUUCCUCUUUCACAGCGUGAAUAGGCUGUGAAAUGGCAAAUUCUCAACUCCAACAUUUCUAGAGGUCUGUCAAGAAAUAGUUUGCUCACAUGUAACCUAUAUGCACACUGCUUUGGUAGACUGUUUGAAAAUGAAAAGAAAUAAACAUCAAUAAGAUUACUCGAAUGAGCGGGAAGUUCUUUUCAGUGUCUUCCUGGGGUCAUCUUAGAAUUUUAACUUGGGGAACUGCACUUUUUGAAGGACAAUCCUUUAUUUGUAUUCGUAACAAUUGACACAAGGUUUAGUCUAAUAAUACAUGGUAGAUACUCAAAUGUGUAGUGAUGAAUGUUAUAUGUAAUGCUGUUUUUUUUUUCUCUUUGUUGCUUGGUUUUCAUUUUUAGUACCUUAAGUGCAUAUGUAACGAGGUAGUUGAGGUAGUAAAGUAGUUUUUAGGUCUUUUGUUGGCUGUACUUGUAGACUGAUAACUGUUUGUAAAGUCCUGAUCUUGAUAUCGGAAUACAAAGCUGUAUAACUUGGGUACAACCCGCAAUAAAGCCUAACAGUGA